UGCAUUGUGUCUCUUUGUCCUGUGGUCCACAGCGUCUCUUCCUUCGACACCAGCAGCCCCAAAGGAAUCCUAGGGCUAGGAAUGCAGAGCAGCCAGGCAGGUGGGGGCUCCCCACACUAGGGAGCUUCAUAAAGCAGGGAAACCCCAGAGCCAUGCCUGCCGAUUCGGGACCUGAGCAGCUCUGCCUGACAUUGGGACCCAGGGACUCGCCUGCCCUUCUUAGAGCGGCCCACAGCACAAUGAGGUGCCUCUGCUCUUGGCUUUGCCUCCUCCUGCCUCUGAGUGCCUGCUUUCCUCUGCUGGACAGAAGGGGACCCACAGACAUCGGUGACAUCGGAGCCAGAAUGAGCUGGGUCCAGCUGACUGAGGGACACACCCCCCGCUCAGUUCAAAGUCCACGGCCACAGGCCCUGCUCGUGGUGGCCAAGGAGCAGCAGGCCUCUCGCAGGGAGCACACUGGCUUCCGUCUAGGGAGGCAGGACAGUGGCAGUGAAGCCACGGGGUUCCUGCCCACUGACUCAGAGAAGGCCAGCGGCCCCCUGGGGACUCUGGCAGAGGAGCUCAGCAGCUACAGCCGGCGGAAGGGAGGCUUCAGCUUCCGCUUCGGCCGGUGAGGGCCUGCGUGGACUCUGCCCUGACUGUCCACUCAAGUCUGGGCCCCAACCUUGAGAGAGAAUAUCACAAUGAAUCUGGUGGUGAAUAGGUGUGUGUUUGUUUUUAUUUACAACUUUGCUAAAGUGAAAGACCUGGGUGGUGUUAAAACAACAACAAAAAAAACCCAAAAAAAACAAAAAACAAAAAAAACCCAGCUGGAGAUGGCUCACAACCAUCUGAAAUAUACAUUAAAUAAAUAAAUA